UUAGCAUUCAGAACGUGCUAAGAACUAGAUCAUUUCGGAUUAAUUGCUUUACAGAGGAAGGUGUGGUUCGUCAUUUGCUAGAACCAUGUCUGCCAAUUCGAGUGUCAAUCGUUGUGUGGUCUCCACAUUCGAAACUGAAUACAAAAUGGUAUACGACCCCAAAUGCUACGCCAGAGAUCUCUUCAGCACCGUAAUUUCCACCACAGGCAUUAGAGAGCAAUGGUACUUUGGGUUGAGCUUCACCAACAAUCAAGGUGAGGAGGAUUGGUUAAUCUUGGACAAAAAGAUUAACAAGCAUGACAUUUCGCUCAAGGGAGAUGUCAAGUUCAAGUUCAAGUUCAAGUACUUUCCCGAGAACGUCGUUGAAGAUAUCAUUCAGAACGUCACCUUGAGGUUGCUUUUCUACCAGGUGAAGAACAGUAUUCUGUCCGAAUCAGUGUAUUGUCCGGCAGAAAAGGCCAUUCUCUUGGCCUCGUUUGCCGUGCAAGCCAAAUACGAUGACUUUGAUGCGGAGAAGCAUCCCCCCGGGUAUCUUGCCAACGAGAGGAUUCUUUGUCAAAAAAUUAUAGAUCAGCACGACCGCUCAAAGAGGGAUUGGGAGGAUGUGGUGAGCGAGUUCCACAAAAAGAAUCGCGGCAUGUUUGCGGAUGAGGCCAUGAUAGAAUACCUGAAGGUUGCUCAAGACUUGGAAAUGUUUGGCUUGUCCUAUUUUGAAGUGAUUGUGAAGAACGACAAGAAGUUGAGCCUGGGAAUUGAUGCCUUAGGCAUCAACAUUUACGACCUAGAUAAAAAGUUGUCCCCGAAGUUGUCAUUCCCCUGGUCGGAGAUUCGAGUCGUUAGCAAGAAAAGGAAGCAAUUCAGGAUCUCUUUCGUGGAUAGAAAGAAAUCAACGUUCAAAGCCAAGCCCGUGAAUCCCAAAAUGACGGCUACUAUCUAUUACUUGGCCACUGGGAACCAUGACCUUUUUGUGCAACGUCGCAAGGGGGACACCAUUGAAAUUAAACAAAUGAAGGAACAAAAGGCAAUCGAGAUGAAGAUUCGCGAGCGAGAGUUGCAGGCUUUCAAACGCGAAAAGCAAUUGAGACAACGUGUUGAGGAAGCUCAAAAGAAUUUAGAAAAGCAAUACAAGGACCUGGAAGAACAAAUGGCUGAGCGGAACAAAGAGUUGGAAAAGGCCUCGGAGAGUAUUCGUCGUUUGGAGGAGCAAUUGCGGGAGGCCCAGACAAUGAAAGAUGACCUUCAGAAGCAACAACAGGAGCUGAAGGAUAUGCUCGAGAAGAUGGAAAAGGACCGGGAGAUGGAUGCCGAAGAAAAAGAAAAAUUACAAAGCGAAAUCAAAGCCAAAGAGGAGGAAAUUGAAGCCGUGCGUCUCAAAGUGGCCAAUCAGGAAGAAGAGACUCGAAAGAUCCAAAACGAGAUCGAAGAGGCCAAAAAGACGAUCAAGGAACAAGUGGAGAAACGCAUUGAUAUCCCUGUGAUGAACAGUGACUUUGAAGAGAAAGAAAAAAUCCCCGAAAUUGUUGUCGAUAAAGCCAUUGGUGGUGGAAAUAGGAGCAGCAGCGACAGCAGUGACAGCGAAGACGAAGAAAAAGAACGGAAACCAGACCCGAAAACCGAGAACGUUCUGAAGACCUUGCGGGAGGAUUUGGACAAGACGUUGGUCGAGGGGAGAGAAACCGAAGAGGAUCGACAACAUCGUGACAAUCUAAAGCAAGGCCGCGACAAAUACAAAACGCUAAGAGACGUCAGGAUGGGCAACACAAAGCGUAGAAUUGACACUUUUGAAAACAUGUAGUUCCCACUGUAUCGAACACAAGUGGUUCCUAUACCUAUGCGCUCAGAAAUAUAGCUGUUAACCGGG